CCGACCGGGCGCUUUCCCGGCAUCUUCCGGAAAACGCGGGGUCGCUCUUCCCCGUCGGGAGGUCUCGACCCUAGAUUCUCCCCCGGCGCAGGAUCAUCUGGGUCUGCUGCUCCUUCUCGGCACCCGGACCCCUGCCCCCGGCCUCUUGACCACGCAGCACUGUGGUCCAAAUGUCUGCAAAAUUGAGAAAGUCCUCACUCCAUCCACAACCUUCAGAGGAGUCUGACAGCAUCGUGAUAGUGAAGAUGGAAGAGGAAGAGCAGAUCUGUGAUCUGGACUCCAGCCUCCCCUGGAGCACCUCCUGCAGCCCAGAGACCUUCCACCAGCGGUUCAGGCACUUUGGCUACCAGGAGUCGCCUGGGCCCCGGGAGGCUCUGAACCGGCUCCGGGAGCUUUGCCAUCAGUGGCUGAGGCCCGAGGUGAACUCCAAGGAGCAGAUCCUGGAGCUGCUGGUGCUGGAGCAGUUCCUGGCCAUCCUGCCUGAGGAGCUGCAGGCCUGGCUGCGAGAGCACCGGCCCGAGAACGGAGAGCAAGCCGUGACUAUGCUGGAGGAGCUGGAGAAAGAGCUUGACGGGCCAACUGAGCAGGUGUUUUUUGGACAAAAUGAGGACAUGCUUGCAGAGAAGUUGACACCUUGGGAAAUUCAUCGGGAAUCACCAAAUAGCCAGAUCAAGCCCAUUAAGAAGCAGCUGCCAUUAACAUCAUGGGAGUUUCACUCAAGACAAAAAGCUAAAGAGAGCAAAACUAUCAAUGUGAAUUCAGCUUCGAGGCAAAAGACUCCUCCAACCAUAGAACUGCCUUACAAUAUUUCUGACACCCUUCAUAUGAAUGCUUCCCAGAGUUUCACGUAUAGAAGAGCUUGUGAACAAGAUAGUGGGUUUGAAAGAAAACAGAGAAACCCUUCUGGAAAAAAACAACAUAAGUGUGAUGAAUGUGGCAAAGUCUUCAGUCAGAGCUCAGCCCUUAUCCUACAUCAUAGAAUCCACAGCGGAGAGAAACCUUAUGCAUGUGAUGUGUGUGCAAAGGCUUUCAGCCGAAGUGCUGUCCUGAUUCAGCAUCGAAGAACUCACACUGGGGAAAAACCCUACAAGUGUCAUGAAUGUGGGAAAGCCUUUAGUCAAAGCUCAAAUCUUCUCAGACAUAGGAAAAGACACACUAAAGAAAAAGUCCCAUCAGUGUUUCUGCAGCUGUACUCCAGGCAGAACUCUGGGCUAUCCGAGGAGAGGCGCCAGGCCAAGCGCAGUCUCAAAGCGGUCAUUGUCGUCGCACCGCCCCUCCCCCGCCCGGAGCCCAUCUCCAUGGCAACGCGGGGCUUCGCCUCUCCCCGCCUCCUGGGACCCGCAGACCGGAAGCAGUCCGUGCCGGGGGCUUCUGGGAAACGGCUUGUGAGCGGCGUUUCUGCGUCUGCUUUGGACAGCGAAGCUGCUGCGGAUCCCGAGUCGGAGGAGACAGAAAAGAAGCCUGGCGGGAUCUUCCUCGGCUUGCCGGGAGUCGCGGACAGGCCGCUGUCUCCGUAUACAGCAGUUGGGGGGCUGGUAGAGGUAGAUGGAAAGCCAGAUUGGGCUUUCAGUACCAUCGGAGAGUCUUCCAUCCCCUGUGUCCUCCGCGACCCUCGCCUUUCCCCCCUCCCCCCUCGGCCGGUUUUGUUCUAUUUCGAGGCCUGGCGUCUCGCGGAGGGUUCUGGGACUCAUUUUGGGCGGAGGUGGGAGGGGGCGGGCCUUGCGAGGGGGCUGUCGGGGCUUGUAGUUCCGCCGGACGCGGGCGGAAGUACCGUGGCCCCGACGUUGUUGGGGCAGUGUGGCCUUCGGUCAUCCGAAAUCCGCCGAGGCCCCGACGUUGUUGGGGCAGUGUGGCCUUCCGUCAUCCGAAAUCCGCCGUUGCUAGUGCGGCGAAGAGGGGCUGGGAGACGUCGGGGCGGGGUUUGCAGCGGAACUCGGCCGGAGAGAGCCUGUGAAGAAAGCGAUGAAGAGGAAAAAAUACUGAGAGUGAAGUUGGAGGAGGAUCCUGAUGGUGAAGAGGGAUCGAGCAUCCCCUGGAACCAUCUUCCUGAUCCAGAGGUUUUCAGACAGCGAUUCAGGCAGUUUGGAUACCAGGAUUCACCUGGGCCCCGUGAAGCUGUGAGCCAGCUUCGAGAACUUUGCCGUCUAUGGCUCAGGCCAGAGACACACACAAAAGAACAAAUCUUGGAGCUGGUAGUGCUGGAGCAGUUUGUUGCCAUCCUGCCCAAGGAACUGCAGACCUGGGUUCGAGAGCAUCAUCCGGAGAACGGAGAGGAGGCAGUGACAGUGCUGGAGGAUUUAGAGAGUGAGCUAGAUGACCCUGGACAGCCGGUUUCUCUCCGUCGGCGAAAACGGGAAGUUCUAGUAGAGGAGAUAGUAUCUCAAGAAGAAGCUCAGGGAUUACCAAAUUCUGAGCUGGAUGCUGUGGAGAACCAGCUCAAGUGGGCAUCCUGGGAGCUCCAUUCCUUAAGGCACUGUGGUCCCCCGCAGAGGCGCACUCCUCCCUGGCUUCGCAUCCCUCUUCCCAAGCCUCCGCGCGGCGCGCCCGCCACCGAGCUGCAAAUAUGCAGUCCUCCCGGCUUCCUAGAGGGGUGCGCCCGCUCCCACUUCCGGCGCGCGCCGCCCGAGGCCGUUCUGCUCCCUCCUUGGGGUCUGUCCCGCAGCCCGCCGAGCGAAGGGCAUGGUGAGGCCAACAGAUCUGGAGAUGAUUGCCAUUGCAAAGAUAGUGUGUUACUCAUGGUUUCCAAGAGGAGGGGUCAUGCCAUGCCCCACAUGGUGAAAUCACAGGAUCAGUCAGGAGGCCAGACUUUCAUUCCCUCCCUGCCUCAACUGAGCAGCAUUUUCAGACUGUCUCUGCCAAGAAUGUCAGGAAAAACUGCAGCCUUGGCCUACCAUGCUUCGGAAGAACAAGAAGGACUUAUAGUUGUGAAGGUUGAAGAAGAGAAUUAUGUUUGUGGGCAGGACUUUGGCCUUCAGGGAGAUACCUGUGGCCUGGAGACCUUCCGCCAGCAGUUCAGGCACUUUGGUUACUCUGACUCCUCUGGGCCCCGGGAGGCUCUGAACCGGCUCCGGGAGCUUUGCCAUCAGUGGCUGAGGCCCGAGGUGAACUCCAAGGAGCAGAUCCUGGAGCUGCUGGUGCUGGAGCAGUUCCUGGCCAUCCUGCCUGAGGAGCUGCAGGCCUGGCUGCGAGAGCACCGGCCCGAGAACGGAGAGCAAGCCGUGACUAUGCUGGAGGAGCUGGAGAAAGAGCUUGACGAACCAAGGCAACAGGACACGGCUCAUGGCCAAGGAAUGAUCUGGAAGGAAAUGACAUCCAUAGGAGCACUGAAGUCUCUGAGUAUACAGCUCCAGCCCUUGGAGAACCAGUGCAAGAGUGAGACUCAAGAGUCCCAGGCUUCCCACGAGGGAGAUGGCAAGCUGGUGGGUGAUGAAGUAUUAACAACAAAGCAAGAAAUUUUUGAAUGUGUAGCAUCAGCAGCCAUGAUAUCCCCAGGAAGACUCCCUGGGGAAACUCCUUCAGGACAGAUAGUUGAAGAAGCUUUGGGAGGCCUGCACAUCUUUGAGAAGCCAAAAGGAACAGUUGCAAGGAACAAAAUGAGUCAGCUCCCUUCUCAGGAAAGACAUCUUAGUCUGGCGGUCUUCAACAAGAAAAUCUCCACAGAAGAGAGUGUCCUUGGACAUAACGAAAGUGAAAGGACUCUCAGUGUGAACUCAAAUGUUGUAACACGACAGAGAGUUCACGCUGGGGGAAAGGUCUACGAGUGCUUGGACUGUGGGAAAGCCUUUUGCCAGAGCUCAAAGCUGAUUAGACAUCAGAGAAUUCAUACUGGGGAGAGGCCUUAUGCGUGUAAAGAGUGUGGCAAAGCUUUUAGUUUGAGUUCAGACCUUGUUAGACAUCAGAGAAUUCAUAGUGGUGAAAAACCCUAUGAAUGCUGUGAAUGUGGAAAAGCUUUCAGGGGCAGCUCAGAGCUCAUCAGGCAUCGGAGAAUUCACACUGGAGAGAAGCCUUAUGAAUGUGGUGAAUGUGGGAAAGCCUUCAGCCGGAGCUCAGCCCUCAUUCAGCAUAAGAAAAUUCACACUGGAGACAAAGGUUAUGAAUGUACUGAAUGUGGUAAGGCUUUUGGUAGAAGUUCUAUCCUUAUUGAACAUCAAAGAAUUCAUACUGGAGAAAAACCUUAUGAAUGUAAUGAAUGUGGAAAAUCCUUCAAUCAGAGCUCAGCCCUCACGCAGCACCAGAGAAUCCAUACUGGGGAGAAGCCUUAUGAAUGUAAUGAAUGUAGGAAAACAUUUAGGCAUAGGUCAGGCCUUAUGCAGCACCAGAGAACUCACACCAGAGUUUAAGUCUUGGGUAAGAGUUGUAUACUUGUGUCAUACUAGGGAUUCGCUUUGGGGUGAGACUGCACGAAAGUUAGACGUUUCCUAAGAGCAGAGUUUCUGUCCUUCCUGUCUGAGUCAGUACUUACUGUAUGAGCAGAUCCACACAAAUAUGGUUGUUGACGUGUUGAAUGAGCACUUACACAGUAAGGCCAAGAUUGGGGCAGAGAUCCUGAAAGAGCUUCUUACAUGAUGGACUGAAAGGUGGUGCUUUCAAUGGCAAGGAUCUCUGCCCAGCAAGAACAUCGUGCAUUUGGCAGUUGGAGGCAUGUGCUGAGAGUCAUUCGGUUCUCUGAGGUGUUGAAUUGUGAGGUUGUGAAAUGUUGAAUUCUGUCCUGGAUCAGUUUAUAGCUCAUUCUGCCCCCUUGCCAGUUCUCUCCUCAGCCCUGAGCUUCCAGAGGUCAGUUGAGGUUUGUUUAUUUAUUGAGCACCUGCUAUGUGCCAGCCAUCAGGGGCAGACAUGGCCAUUGCCCUCCCAGAGUUAAGGGCUAAUGGGAUACAUAUAUAUUUAUUAAACAGGUAAUUACAGUAAAGUGUGAUAAGUUCUUUGGUAGGAUAAAUCUUGGAUUCUGUCAAAAUACAAGGGGGGCACCUAACCUGGUUUAGGAGUCACUUAAGCUUCCUGGAGGUGAUGAAAUCUCUGUUGAGGAAUAAAGGGUGUGUACAAAUUAGGCAGAUCAAAGCAAGAGGGAAGAGAACAUUAUAGGCAAAGGUUAUAGCACAUACAAAGGUAUGGAGAGAGGAUCUGUAGAGGUCUCUUCAUCAGGAUUCCUUUCAAGCAGGAAUUUCUUCUCGUAGACCCUGGUUCAGAGGACAUGUGUUGAUUUCUCUCUUUCUGUUUAUAAUCACAGAUUUGUGUAGCCUAUCCCAGACCCAGAGUGACCUAAGAGACCUUGAGCUACUCAGAACAGUCAGUGUAAUGGUAGACUUUGGUGCAUUGUAUGGAAAAAGGCAUGUAUGUACACCACGGAAAGAAGACAUAUUGGAGGCUAGAGGGACAGUGUUGGUGUUCCGUGCCCCUAGGGCUCAGGAAAUGGGAAGCUCACAGAAGCAUAGGAGUGAGAGGUCUGCCUUCCCAAGGUCUACUAUUCCUCAUUUCCUGUCCCCUCCCCUUAUCACCAGCUAGAAGAUACUAAGUUACUUGAAGGCAAUGAAUCCUUAUUGAAUUACCCCCUUAGAUUCCUCAAAACUCUACUUCUCUGUUGAUUUUUAUUUUGGCAGUUUUAAUUAACCCACCAUUAAUUGCUGAAGGCAAUUCCUAUGUAAGAGAAAGUUUGAUUUCUCUUUUAAGAUGUCCUGAUUUCCCUUCCAGAUACUGUUACUUCUGAAGACUUGGUGAUCAAAUCUGUUAUGGGUAAUAGGGGAGGUGAAAUUGGGGGAGGCGGACAGUCUUUAUGUCCACAGGUUGGGGGAUUGUCAUUGAAUGAGGUCAAUCAGAAGUCUAGAGAGACCCUUAAAAUGGAUGAAGUUGCCCUUUACUAUAGGUGACAAUCAGAUGAUUUCAUGUUAAUUUUAUUUAAUAGUUUUUUUCCCCUGGGUUGUGAAUUAAUUAUAAAUGUUGGUAAUACAGAAAAUGAGAAAGUAGAAAUCACCUUCAAUCCCACCACCUACAGAAACGUUAACAUUUUGGAGUACUUUCUAGUUGUCUUCCCCCAACUCUAGUAUUGGUAAAAAUCUUUCUUGGUAAAUCAUUUUUAGUAAUUGAUUUUAACGUUUAUACUUUUGAGUAUAUACUUAAACUGUUUAGUGUUAGAAUGUAAUGCAAGAUGUAUUGUAAUAAAAUUUGAAUUUUAA